CCGCACCUUCCACCAACUGGGCAUGCAAAAAUUACAAGAAGCCUGCAGUUCACUAGCAAUCUACACACAGUUGCACACAGUAGAGCAGAAUCAUGGCUGAAGUUCAACAUCACAUCACAUAGAUGAGGUCUUUUACCCCAAUGAGCUGAAAAAGCGUUUGCCCUUUUCUUGAUUUUCUGUUCUUUUCAAAGGGGAAAAGGAAAAGGUUUGUGAGCAAAGUUCGAUUUUGUCUUCAUCUGCACUCCAAGAUUGCCUCUGCAGUUUAAUAAUGCAUUCAAAGUGUUGAGAUUUCCCACGUAGGGAUCUCCAGUUUAUUUUAAUCUUUGUUUACCCUCUUCUUUUUGGAGUUGAUUGAGAAUUAAGUAAGAUGGCUUGUAUAUCUUUCACGAAUUGAAGGAAUUGGGACCUGCUUUCUACAUGGAAAUUGUGUUCUGCAAAUGGGGUUUCUUGUUUCUGCUGUGUUGUGGGCUCAUCUUUUCAGUUGGAUGUUCAGUGGAGGGACUUCAUGGGAAUGCAAGAGUAAGGGGAGUGAAUCUGGGAGGAUGGUUGGUAAUUGAGGGGUGGAUAAAGCCUUCUCUCUUUGAUGAUAUUCCAAAUGGGGACAUGCUUGAUGGAACAGAGGUCCAGUUGAAAUCAGUGGCUCUGAAUAAAUAUGUGUCUGCUGAGAAUGGUGGUGGAGCGACAAUUGCGGUUGACAGGGAUAUUCCUCAGUCUUGGGAAACAUUUCGGUUAUGGAGAGUUUCAGAGUCGAUAUUCCAGUUCCGCACUUCCGAGGGCCAAUUUCUGACAUGUGAUGGUGAUGGAGCCACUGUUACUGCGACAGCAGAAUCAGCAUCUUCUAACGAAACAUUUUACCUAGAAAGGAAUAAUGACAAUCGAGUCCACAUUAAACUCAAGACAGGAACUUAUUUACAGGCUUCAAAAGCCAACCAGCUCACAGCAGACUAUCCAGGGACACCAGGGUGGGAUGAUAAUGCUGCAACCUUUGAAUUGAUAAUUGCAUCAAAUCUCUUGCAUGGAGACUACCAGCUUGCCAAUGGAUAUGAACGUGAUAAGGCAGAAGAAGUCCUCAAGAAGCAUAGAAACAGUUUUAUCACUGUAGCAGAUUUCAAUUUCCUGUAUAGGCACGGAAUAAAUACAGUGAGAAUACCUGUUGGCUGGUGGAUAGCUUAUGAUCCCAAUCCUCCACCUCCGUUCAUCAGGGGAACUCUGGAAGCCCUCGACAAUGCAUUCUCAUGGGCACAAGCUUUCGGCAUAAAGUGCAUAAUCGACCUUCAUGCUGCUCCUGGCUCCCAGAACGGGAUGGAACACAGUGCUAGUAGAGAUGGAGCGACAGGGUGGCCUACAUCACCAGAUUAUAUCUCACAAACGUUAAAUGUCAUAGAUUUUCUUGCUUCGAGGUAUGCCAAGCAUCCAUCGCUGCUUGGGAUUGAACUGUUGAAUGAGCCAUCCGCUGCCUUAGUUCCACUCGACAUCCUAGUUUCAUAUUAUAAACGAGGAUACGAGAUUGUGAGAAAAUACUCUUCAACGGCAUAUGUCAUUUUCUGCCAAAGAAUCGGCAACGCUGAUCCAUUUGAACUCUACCAAGCUAACUUAGGCGCAGAAAACACAGUAGUUGAUUUGCAUUACUACAAUCUAUUUGACAAUUUCUUUGUGAACAUGAGUUCUCUAGAUAAUAUUCAGUAUAUAUAUAAGAGUAGGCAAACGCAGUUACAAGCUCUCAACAGCGCAAACGGACCACUUGUUUUCAUCGGGGAAUGGGUGAAUGAGUGGAACGUAACUGGUGGAUCCGAAACGGAUUACCAAGAUUUUGGACGAGCGCAGUUGGAGGUGUACGAUACUGCCUCAUUUGGAUGGGCUUAUUGGACAUUGAAGAACGACAGGAAGCACUGGGAUUUUGAGUGGAACAUCCGGAACAACUAUCUCCAACUACAACUAGGUUGUUCGUCGUUCAUGCAAAUUUCGAACGCUGUGAUGUUGCUCGGAUUGGCAUGCAGCUAUUAUUUUCUUUACGUCGUCUAGAGUUGAACCGCAGCUGUGCAACGUCGAUCAGAAUUACAGGGAGAAAGGAUUAAUUCUUUGUUCUUUCAUUCUUAUCACAAUCAAAACUGGAAAGUGAUGA